AUGUCCAAAGACACUGAAGUCACGUUAGAAUGGUUUGGAGCAACUACUUUCCGCUUACGUGCCUGCGGCUUGACCGUCUUUCUCGACGCCUGGUUUAAAAGACCAACCUUGCAGGAAGAUUACCUUUCUGCGGACGACAUUCAUGAAGCAGAUUAUAUCUUUAUAUCGCAUGCACACUUUGACCAUCUACCAGGGGCAGAUAUAAUCGCGAAACGAACAGGCGCAAUUGUGAUCGGUAAUUGCGAAGCGAUCAAUAUCCUCAGGGAGGCUGGCGUUCCUGACGCCCAGCUAAUGGCAGUCCAAGGAGGGGAAAGGAUCCCUCUGUUCUCGCAAGACAUUCGGAACAAAGCCAACGAAGGCAAGAUUGAACUCAGACCUACACCUCCAGGUGCCCCAGCAUUACCUCACCCACGUUAUGCUGUAAUUUCUGUAGAUGUUUGGCCGUCCUUGCAUUGCCUAAUGCCUGAGGGACAUCCGGAAUACUUGGAUUCUGGUACAGUAUAUACAGGUGCAGCUCAUCCAUAUGUCUGUACGUUUGAUGUUAACUAUGGCAUGAAGCAUGGACUGCUUAAGAUCGAUCAAUUGCUCCCCGAGGAUGAAAAAAAUGAUGGUAUCUUGUCCUUUGUCGACUAUAUCAAGGACCGCAAAAUCAACCUCUUUUCUGAUCAUGAUGGAGGUCAACUGAUGUAUAACAUCCAUAUAUCAGAGGGAAAUACCAUCUUGUGGAAUGCUCAUCUGGGGGGGUAUGAGGGUAUCAUUCGAGAUCUAGUACCCAAGCCAAGAUUGGCAAUUAUUGGAAUCGCUGGUCGUGCCAAUUAUAAUGGAAGACCGUUUGAUGGGUCAGCGGCACAAUUCGCAACCAAGCUAGUCAAUUGGCUCGACCAACCAAGCCAAGUUAUUUGGUGUCUUCACGAUAAGAGGUUAGUGAUUAUUUGCAGUAUACGCACCAUUCUACGCUUACUAAGUUUAUUUACGGAGUAG